CCCUACUGAUUAAUGAGCGUUACCAAAUGCCAGAAGAUCAAGGAGAAGUCAAUAUCGCCAACCAUCAGUACACAUCAGAAAUAAUUCUCCACUUUGCGCCCAUGGUGGACCGGAACUGCGUGCCAUAAUAGCGCCAAAGCCAUCAUCGAGCAGCAGCCGAAUCGGCCAUCACCAAGCAAGCCUCAAAUGAUCGGAGUUCAGAAAUCGCAAAUCAGAAUGAUAUAUCAUAAACAACUAGUUCCACUGAAGUGAUUGAGCUCGAGCCUUAGCGCUACCCAUGCACGGCAAAAGAUGGCCAGAUUUUCUAUUUCAGCCGGAACCACAUCUUCCCCCUCCCUGUCGACUAUAUAUAUAGUACCGCAGCCAGGUUAGAAGUAACAAUACAGGCGACCACCCACGUCUGUAGCAAAACUUCUCCGCCAUGAUGGUCGUUCAGCAGUCGACUGUCAUCUUCCUUUUGUGCUUCAGCCUACCAAUAGUCAACGCACUCUCUGAAUACCAGUAUCUAUCUAGCGUAAACAAUUUUGCUACGUCUUUCCUCUCACCUUAUAAUGUAGAAGUUGUCAAAUCCAUAAAUAGCACUCUAUUCUCGGAGGAUGUGACGGGUACAGCAGACGUGUCAACCAAUUUUGAUGGACGAGAGUUGUCAACGGAAUAUUUAUUUGGCCUCUUUGUCAAAACAGCUGACGACUCUCAUGAUCCAUCACCAUUUGGUAGUCCUAUAUCGUAUAACGUAACAGGACUAUUAAUUGAGAACGAGUUCGUUUCAGCGUCCAUCAAGUUUGAAUUUUACUAUCCAGUGUUGAACAAGACUUUUCCCAUACAGAUUGACAUAUCCUUGAUGCUGAAUGAACAAGGGCAGAUUCAACAAUACGAUGCCUCUUUCCGCCGAUGGGCGUGGGCCACAGAUGUCAUUAUCCCACAACUGUUGCCGUAUAUGGCCAGCAGAAAUAAUUUGACGAUGGACAAUACAACCCUUGUCCUUCGUGAAUACCUGUCCCGCAAGAUUUGCGAUACGGCAGUCACCUAUUGCACAAAUGAGAACCAACAAUACAGUAACCAUGAUGCCUGCAUGGAUUUUCUCAAUACACGAGAUAUUGGGAAGUGGUAUAGAAUGGGAGAGGAUAAUCUGUUGUGUAGACAUCUGCACGUACCGAUGCUUUCAUUGAGGCCAGGUACACAUUGCCCCCAUAUAGGCCCCAGUGGUGGAGAUAUGUGCAUAGAUCGGGUGUACGAGCAGGUCGUCUUGGAUUCGCAUUUUCCCGCUGGCUGGUUGGCGCCCAAAAAAGUAACGCCAGAAAACGUGGAAGAAGUAGGGCAUAUUCAGGCUAUCAGCGGCCAACCUUUGGAUCCUCUGCUAGAGAUUGCUUUAAGCGCAGGGCAGAGUCAUUCUUGGGAUCCGACUUUGUAUGCUACAGCUCUUCUAGGAUAUUUCCUUUUCUUUUACGUCUGUUCCCAUAGCAUAUGGUUCCUUUUCGCUCGUUUCUCGGUUGUUUUUCCGUCUCUGGGGAUUGAGCAUCAAAAAAAUAUUGUCAUGUAUAUUAUGAACAUUAUUUUCACCACGAUUGCUCUUGCCCUACAGCUGGUGUCAACUCCGGCUUUCCGUCAGGACUAUCAUCUUUGGGAAGUUCAGUGUCUACGAACAGCAGGCGUAACGGUGUCGGCAUUAUACGUAUUCGAAUUGAUUUACCGUCUCAAGAUGAGGAUACCCCUUAUCAUACAUCACUUCCUCACAAUCAUUGCCAUCUCCUUCACGGUUGCGGUUUUCGAAUAUACAAUGUCGACGACAUAUCUCAACAGCGCAUGUAUAUGGCUUUUCCAAGCCACUCUCGAGCAGCCCACAUUCCUGGGGUUGUUGGGAUAUCGAUUGGGCUGGAAUCCUAAACAGGUUGCAAGGCUACUGAAAUUUGCUGCUGUUCAAACCUUUCUCUUUAAGUCUGCCAGUGCGUUAACUCUCAUUAUAUAUUGAGGAAUUCGACAAAAUCACUCUUACCGGCAAAUGGAUAUCGCCUCGACGGUCAUGGUAUUUCUUAUCGCCAUUGGCCUUGUGCUCACGCAGAUGUGGGGUUCUUGGAUUACAUACGCUAUUGGGUGCCGCAUCUCCCACCAGAAUAGUGAGAUUAUCGAUCUUCCCUUAUCCAGGAGCAGCCUCAAAAGAGUUCUAUUUCGCAAGCUGCGAUUCAGGUCUCAGCAAAAGAGAGAUGGUUUCGAAGCAUUCAGUGAUGCCAACGUGAACCAAAUUGGGUCUCGGCCAGUGCUCGAAAUGAUACCACCAUUGCGAGAUAAUAGUAUCAAAUACUCGGGAGGAGCCAGCAUCAAUAAUUCAUUGACUGAGACGGAAGAAUGUACACCAGUGGAUACAGGGAACUCGAGGGAGUCGACGAUGACUGUUGUGGUGGGAGCUGAGGAGAUCAGGAAACCAAGUUAGCGUCUACAGCGAUCUGAUUGAUAGACUUUUCAGCGCAACGAGAUAAAGCAGUCGACAUAGCGUAUAUGUUGAGUAAGUAUGCAGAUCAUACUUGAACGUACGGCAUGUCGCAGGACUUUUUUACAGAAGAGGAAACGAGCGAUGAACGUUAUGAGGAUUGAACUAAUAGCUAAACUUGGUGUGGAAGUAGGGAAAGGUGGGAAAAGGAUGGUAUGACAAGGGACGAGGAAAGACGAAUAAAGCAGCUGCGAACUUGAAGCCAAAAGAAGUAUAAA